GAUAAUUGUGCAUCUUACUGUUACACUCUAACAUUUGUGUGCAAAACUCCACAUCUUGUCCACAGAUUUGGGGUUUGGCUGGGCUCUUCGUCAGCAGACGUCAUUUGAUCGAGCAAGUGAUGGAAGUAUAGAAGCCUAAAAAAAGAAGUAUUGUUAGCACGAUAGACGAAUAUUGUGUUCAUGUACGCUCGGUUUGGUUCGGAGCAAUAAGUUUCAUUAGGGAGACAACAAAACAAUCGCUCCGUGGCGUUGAAAUCCUCUUCUCUGCGCGGUGUCAAUGUUUCAAGGCUACGGAGAAUAUCGUAGGAACGGAACCAGUCAGACAUACGAGCGCUUCCUGAAAAAUAAUUUCCCAAGAUCAUAGUAGUAAAGAAACGUGCAUUUCUACACCAUCUUCAAUCCCAUCCACUCUUUGUUCCACUAAACGCGUCCAAAACACGAAAUCACUUCUACCAGCACAAUUCGCAAUUUGACAACGGAAUUCAAAUAAGGAAGAAACAUGGCUCGUACCAAGCAAACAGCUCGCAAGUCUACCGGAGGCAAAGCUCCGCGCAAGCAACUUGCCACCAAGGCUGCUCGCAAGAGCGCCCCCACUGCCGGCGGUGUCAAGAAGCCUCACCGUUAUCGCCCGGGAACGGUCGCACUUCGUGAGAUCCGAAAAUACCAGAAGAGCACCGAGCUUCUCAUCCGCAAGGCUCCCUUUCAGCGCUUGGUCCGUGAAAUCGCCCAGGACUUUAAAAAUGACCUCCGAUUUCAGUCGACAGCUGUUCUUGCUUUACAGGAAGCUUCUGAAGCCUACCUUGUCGGCCUUUUCGAGGACACCAACUUGUGCGCCAUUCACGCCAAGCGUGUCACCAUUAUGCCUAAGGAUAUCCAGUUGGCCCGUCGCAUCCGAGGAGAGCGUGCCUAAGAAGUUUCUGGGGUUUUGAUCCUUCUCGUGUUUUUGGUGCGAAGCACAUGUGUAUUGCGGGGUUGAUAGCGCAAGGCUGCGGUUACUCUCUUCUUGCGCAGGACAAUGCAGAUAACUUAGGAUCGUAAAAAACACUAUGCACUAUGCAAAUCUUAUUUUAACCCGAGUGGAAAAG